AUGUCUGAUUCCUCCAAGAUUGACAUCGAUCGUGAUCGUGUCACGGUACUUCUUUUAAUUAACUCCCUGUUAAUUAAGAAAGCAUACAAUAUCUAUGUCACCAUACUCAGCAAUCAGCAAACUAUCAAGCGCAUGCUGCAUCAAUCUCGCCAAAGUAUCUUGGACCAGUAUAACAACUUGAACCGUCGACUACAGUGCAAUUUGAGUGUGUUGGCCUAUAUUAAUGAUCAGUAUCACAACAAGGCAGCAGCGCAGCAGCCUAACAGACUUCAGUUCCCUGUGAUUUUGACUGCUCCCGCAGAGAUGCCAGAGUUGAAGCUGUUGUACAAGCGUCUUCACGAUUUAUAUCCCGAGGCUAUCCAGUACUUAAAACUGAAGAUUAUGCAAAUUAAGCAACUGCAACUGCAACUGCAACAGCUGCCGCAACAAUCAGAAGAUUUUCAGAGAAGGCAGCAUCAGCAAUCUCAACAGCAGGCUAAACAGUUCCAGCUAAGCCAGCAGCAGACGUCUAUGCAACUGCAACUACAACAUCAGGGAACCCCACAGGUGCCUCAACAGCCUCAAAAACAACAACAACAACCAUUUUCCCUGUACAGCAUGACUCAAGGUCAACCAAAUCAACAAUUCAAUUCGCCUCAAAUGAAUAUGACACAACAGAGGGCUAUUGGGGCAGCGCAAUUGAAUACGCAAGUUGCACACCAAUCAAAGAGCUUGCCGAAUGAUGGCUUAUCGAAGGAUUCAUCGGAUGGUCUCUUCAACACCGACGAGGGAGGAUUUUCUGGAUUUCAAGAUAUGGGUUCAACUACCAAAGGAGGUGCACCGAUGCUGAUUUCGCCUCAGCAGAUACUUCUGCAACAAGGAAGUGGAAAUAACGAGUAUAAUCUUGGAUUUUUCUGA